GCUCCGGGCUACACUGAACCGGCAGGACUGAGUACUGACCCUUGUAGUUCUACUCACGCAACGGGAUCAUAAGCAGCCCGGAGCACACACAUGCGGCUGCAUGCGGCGGCCGCUAAAAUCGCGUGCGGCCAAGUCCCCACACCAGCGGGUUUCGCCAGCUGUGGAACCGAGCAGGCUGAAACAACAGCAUUCUCAUGCUGAAGCCCUAACGUACGACCCAUCGCGGCAUGUUGCUAUAUCUCGUUUUUAUCGCCGCCAUCAUGUGGGCACUUGCCUCCAUUGGCUUGUCGCUUGAUAAUACUUAGCCCAUGAGAAUGUCUGAUAGUCUAUAAGUACCUGACGUUAAUUGGCCGUCACUGAUGUGACUUUAUUUAGAUCUCUGAAUCCCUGCUGGCGUGUACUGACAUGUUUAUGAGAACGCUCAUUCGAGCUGGCCUUGCGCUGGUACUAGCAGCUAGCAUAUCCAUAACUCUCGUUGUCUCUGUUGUCAAAGACAAUCUUGCUACUACGGAAACAGGGCACGUCGAGAUUCAAUCCAAGGCUCACAAUGCAACUGGCAUUCGUUAUGUCAAGAACUCAGGAAUCUGUGAAACAACUCCGAAUGUUACCCAAAUCUCUGGUUACAUUAACGUUGGAACAAACAUGUCCAUGUGGUUCUGGUUCUUCGAGUCUAGAAACUCACCGGAAACAGCCCCAUUCACUCUAUGGUUGAAUGGCGGCCCUGGAUGUUCUUCUAUGAUCGGACUAUUUCAAGAGAACGGGCCAUGCUUGGUGAAUGCCGACGGUAAUUCCACCACUCUUAACCCCUACAGCUGGAACAAUCUUAGCAACAUGAUCUACAUCGACCAGCCAAUCGGAACAGGGUUUUCUUACGGUACUGAUACGGUAAACAGCACGGAAGCCGCUGCGCCCUUUGUAUGGACUGCAUUUCAGGUUUUGUUUGAAAGCCAGCUAUUUUCAAAGUAUGCCAGUCGAGAGUUCAUCUUUACCACAGAGAGCUAUGGUGGUCACUACGGACCCAGCUUUGUGACUUACUUCGAUGAGCAAAACGCCUUAAUCGCUAGCGGGGAGAUUGAUGCUGUUCCGAUUGUUGUCAGCGCCCUGAUGAUUAACAAGCAAGUCGCUUUCUUGACUUACUAUGGCUGGUAUGAUCCGCUCAUUCAGAACAUCGCAUACCUAAACUUUGCGACUUAUGCCCCUGGCUAUGGACAGCUCCAGCCAGAUGAUGUACUCAAGAACAUUUCGGAUUCCCUAUACGGUCCUGAUGGUUGCGUAGCGCAGGAAAAUGCUUGCUACGCUGCUGGAACUUCCACAAACUCAAACAAGAUUUGCCGGGACGCCGAUAAUUACUGCAUUGACAAUGUCUUCACCCCUGCUGCGGGCGAUUACGACAGCUAUGAUAUCCGUCAAAAUUCAUCUGCUUUGUUCCCCCCUGAAUACUAUGUGGAUUAUCUACGCAAACAGGAUGUUAUGAAAAAGAUCGGUGCUCAGGUCAAAUACGAGGAAUGCCCAGAUGCACCCUAUGAGAAGUUUGUAAAGACAGGCGACGACGCUAGAACAUGGCUACCACAGCUAUCGGCUCUGGUCAACUCUAGGAUGAAAAUUUUGAUUUGGGCUGGAGAUGCUGAUAUGAAUUGCAACUGGCUUGGGGGCCACGCAUCAGUUCUAGCGAUGGAUUGGUAUGGCAAUGAGACGCUCCACAAUACCCCACUCACCAAUAUGACGAUCGACGGCAAGCCUGUUGCGGCUGUGCAGAACGUCGACAACUUCUCUUUUGCACGGGUGUUUGGUGCUGGACACGAAGUGGCUGCCUUCCAACCCCAAGCAGCUUUGGAGAUUUUCUCGCAGGUUGUUCAUAAGGAGCAACUUCACUCUGUCUGAACCGUGGAUUUUGGAGCACACAUUGUGAACUUGGUCGGACGUUCUUGACGUGUCUGACCAGUGGGCAAACGUUCCUCCUGAGAUCGUUAAUCAAGCGAGCCAAACUUCGAAAUCUACAUAUCUAUUUAUUAUCCAGUAAACUGUUUUAUGCACAUGUACAUGACGUGGCGCAUGCAUAUGUUGCAUCACCUUGCGUGACAGAAUUCAUACUGCCAGGAGCACAUACCUUACAUACCAUUGUACC